AUGCCCCCAGGGCGCCUCCCAAGGGAGGUUUUCCUGGCACAUCCAGCUGGGAGGAGGCCACGGGGCAGGCCUAGGACCAGGUGGAGAGAUUAUAUCUCCACACUGGCCUGGGAGCGCCUCAGGAUCCCCCAGUCAGAGCUGGUUGAUGUUGCUGGGGAAAGGGAAGUUUGGGGUCCCCUGCUGAAACUGCUUCCUCCUGACCCGACUCUGGAUAAGCGGUUGAGGAUGAGAGCUCAUGUCGUAGAUGGCAAAAUGAUAAUUAAGGUGCAGUAUCAGAACCGCAAGAAAUACAUCAAAUUACAAACUCCUAAUUUUGAAGAAUUCAUUUCUGAAGGAACAUUUUUACGACAGCCAAAGUGGCUCUGGCUUCUUGGCGUGGCGGCUCAAGACAAUUCAGAGAAAGACAAAGCUUGGGUCCAAGGAACCAAAAUACAGACAGGAGGAGGUGGUCCAAGACAGGAGAGGGAGCUGCCUCAGAUUCGUGGCCAGCUGGAUGAAGAGCGCUGUAAAGAGGUCAUAUCCUUGAUGAACCACACAAGUGACAGAGAAAUCAUCCUGCAGAAGAUGAAGGAGACCUUUGAAUACAGGCAGCACCUCAUCCACAAUCCUGAUGAGUCUCACAACAUACUCUCAGUGUUUCCAAGGCUGCUGGACAUUAAAGGGCUGAUACAUCAAGAUUUCAGCCUCCUCUUUGGACCAGAAACGGCUGCUAAACUGCUUGAGAAGUGGCAUACGUCCUUCAAAGGAAAGGUGAUCAGAGAAGCAGAGAGCCUUACAACCACCCCUGUGCUCCAGAGUUUGCUGAAGUCUGCCAAGAAUCCGAACAAUGAUGCAUUCUCUGAGGAUCGCCCAGAGUGGGACAGCGACAUGGCAUCUUUGCUACUGCUCCUGCAUAUCCUACCACCUCAGCCUAACAAAAAGAAAACACAGAAGAUCAGCGCAGCUCAAGCCAUGGACCAUCUAGUUGUGUUUCACAAGUCAUGCAGAAGCCUUCAAGAACACCUAGAGAACCAGGAGGGACAUCGCCAACCGUAUCUUCUUGCUUCUGGAACCUCCAAACAGGCCAUCAGUGCUUACUACGUUGUGAUGGACAAGAAGCUCAUCCCCUGCCAGGGAGCCACAUCAUUGGCAGCCUUUGAUGAACUUUUUAAAGUGCACUUCGUUUUCAGUGUAAGUUAUGAUGAUGCUCUCAACAACAUGUACACAUUCCUUCAGACAACAGUCUACAGUAUUGAUGUUGACACCACUAAAGAGAGUCCAAAGGUGAAGGAGUUGAGAGCCAAGUUUAUGAACAGGAGCUAA